CCUGUGAUAUUAUUACUGACGAAUUCGUCCAGUCCUAAUUGGUCUGUGAUAUUAUUACUGAUGAAUUCGUCCAGUCCUAAUUUGCCUGUGAUAUUAUUACUGACGAAUUCGUCCUGUCCUAAUUGGCCUGUGAUAUUAUUACUGAUGAAUUCGUCCAGUCCUAAUUGGCCUGUGAUAUUAUUACUGAUGAAUUCGUCUAGUCCUAAUUGGUCUGUGAUAUUAUUACUAAUGAAUUCGUCCUGUCCUAAUUGGCCUGUGAUAUUAUUACUGAUGAAUUCGUCCAGUCCUAAUUGGCCUGUGAUAUUAUUACUGACGAAUUCGUCCAGUCCUAAUUGA